CAUCCUAAAAAACUUCAACGACGAUGUAGUCAAAAAUAAGAAAUUCACCGAAUUGUCUAACUGUGUAGAAUGCAAUAAAAAGAUUUUUUCCACCUCCAAUAAAGGAUUCACAACGCUAGUCUGCGGACAUGUUUUCCAUAGAAUCUGUAUCGAGAAGAAACUCCUGCUUACAAAACCAAAUGGUUGUCCCUUCCCCGACUGUGAAGCAAGCGUCGAGACUAUUACUGAAGGCACCACAGCUGAAACGGAUCUUAGGCGCGAUUCUCAAUUCAGCACUUCGUCAAUAGUUGGAAAAAUGGGGAGACAGCUUACUAUCCAAUCUCAGAAAAUUAUUGAUGAGUAG